AUGUCUAAGUACCACGGAGCCGGUCAAUCGAGCGUUGGCUUCCCUGCCCUCUACGAGGCUGGUGACCAGCGCAAUGAGCCCCAAUCCGUCAUCAACGAGCGCGAACGCUACAGCGAGGGCGCGCCUCCCCAUAGCCACAAGAACCUGGAUUCCAAGGACCAGCGUUCGAUCGCCAACAAGCUCGCUUCCCAGGAGAAGAAGCCCAAUUCGUCGCACCACCACAACGGCGAGUACGACCCAGAGGCUGAACUGAGCAAGCAGGAUCCCACUAAGCCGGCCAAGAUGCAUGGCAACAAGCCCUCGAAGGGGGCGCAGAUUGAUGCCGAGUUGCAAGCUGAUGAUGAGCAGCGCCUGCGCGAGAAGGGCAUUAAGAAAUAA